CAUCGUAGUGGGCCUGCGUGUCAUGUUGAUGAAUUCUGAAGCUUGGUAGUCAACAUGUCCACCGCUGCUGCUCAACAAAACAAUAACGAGGAGCCCGGGCUUCACGGCUCUUGGGUAGAGCUGGAGAUUAAUGGGAACACAGGGGUCCAGGAUGUGCAGACUGACAUGCCAAUAACUCCCGCUGAAGACCAAAUAAACGCAAAUACUGCCAUGAGUCAAACUCUGCAGACCUUGGACGUGGUGCCCGAGAGUGAUGAAACCCUGAUUGGAGGACUAGAGCAUGUCCCGUCAUCCUCCUCAAUUCACAAUGGAGACAUGGAAAAGAUCCUCCUGGAUGCACAGCAUGAAUCCAGCCAAAGCAGUUCCUCCUGUAAUAGUCCUCACAGGCCUCCAAGUCCAGAUCAGGAUGAGGGUCAGAUUAUGUUUGAUGUGGACAUGUCCAGCCCAAGAGAUAGUCAGUCAGAGGACGAUGGUACAGAGAAAGACAGAGACGAAGACAUCCUGAUGAACAAAGGAGUAGACUGGGUUGCUGAUUGGUCGAGCAGACCGGAAAACGUUCCACCAAAAGAGUUCCACUUCAGGCACCCCCGGCGUUCAGUAUCUCUCAGUAUGAGGAAGAGUGGAGCCAUGAAGAAAGGUGGCAUCUUCUCUGCUGAAUUCCUUAAAGUCUUCAUCCCCUCAUUACUCAUCUCACACAUCCUCGCUAUUGGUGUCGGGGUGUACAUUGGAAAGAGAAUUGCCACAGCCUCCACAAGCUCUUACUGAAUAGAAGAUGAAGCAGUGCCUGGAUAUUCUCCUGUCUCCAACCAUCCUCCUGUAGUCAAGCUGUCUCUCUGCAUCUAUUAUACGCCCACAUUUCCCUUCCAAUCAGCAACUAAUUCUGUCACCUAUGUAGAUGUAGUUAUAGCGUUAUACACUUGACGUAAUGUGGUUGCACUCCAUCACAUUUUGACACAGGGCAGCAUUGUGCAUCAACUUGAAUCCAGUAGAUGACUGAUCCUAUUAGAGCUGUUCAAUUUAAAAAAUAUGUGACAAGCAUUUGAUUUCAGGAGGCUUCAGGGUUGAAGUUUUCUCUACUUGCUUUGAUUUUGUGUUAUGAGAAAUCUGGCCUUCUCCCAGGCUCUCCACUUGUGUCCGUGGUAGAGUGUACAAAACCAAAAAUAUGCGCCAUAUCUGCAAAACAAACAAAUUAAAUUGGCUCUCGGAACAGGUGGGACUUUUAUCGCCUUAACUUUUUAAAGCUAACAUUCGAGGUGCAGUUAUUGGGGAGGGGGGGAACAAACAAUGCUGCACAGUGGGAUUCAUUUACAAAUCCCACACAUGUUGACUCCUGAAGGGUUUCUUUUUAAAGCUUUGUAUUUUUUUUAAGGUUGGAAAGCUUACACAUUGAUCUAGUAUGUAGCUCCAACAUUUUACAGUGAGGUUGUUUGAGCAUAUUAUGAUAGUGGAACCUAGGGCAGAUGGCAAUUUACCAGGCCAUAUGCUAUUUUUGUUAUGACCUUUUUGCCUACAUAUCUUCUUCUUUAACAUAGCAGCAUUGGCAAAGUGCCAAAUGUUUAUCGUUCACCACUGCACAUUGGUGAUUUAUCUUAGACUGUUUUCUGAUAUGUUUAGGUAUUUAAAGUUAUAGAUGUGAAAAUAAUUUAAGCUGUGAUCUUCCCCAUGUAAUGGACACCUUUUACGUUGUGUUUUUCUGUUCAAACAUUGAUAUAUUAAUGCGUAUUAUAUCAUUGUUGUUACAUAGCAUUGUGUCAGUGUAUGUAAUGUGCUGUCGUUGAAUUGCUAGAGCGUUGGUGUCAGAAACCACCAGAGGAAGGUAUUUCCAGGGGCCUGAUUAAAGAGUGUUAUCUGAUUUUAUGUAGGUUACACUGUUCAAUCUUUUCACAUAAUAUGAUACGAUAAACAGUGUCCGUUAUGUGUAGAACUUCCAGAAAAACUAGAGUAGCUUUUCCUGAAGAAAAUGCAUGUGACUUCUGUAUAUUGAUGCUGAUUGGAUAACUGGAUGAUUCUUUUGUCAAUGUUUGUAAAUGUAUGACGUAAAUGAAUCAUAUGGAAAUCACUCAUCAUAAUGUACAGUAAAAGCAGUAUUGGUUUGAAAGCGCUCAACAUGCAUUGAAGCUUUAAUGCAUUUAUAACUUAUGCUAACACAUACAAUUAACAUGUCACCAUAACAGGCUUAUGUACAGUUAAUCAGUGUGCAAUACAGAACGUUUUGGAAUUUGAAUAAAGUUUGUACUGUAUACAGCGGCUGAGAUAUAAAUAAAAGAGAGUGGUUGAAGCUCAA